AUGCAGUACUCGCUUCUCAUCGCCUCCUUGGCCAUCGGCGCCCUCGCCGCCCCUGGACCUCAGAUCACCUCCGCCCCUGACCCGAAGUUGGUCAAGGCCAAGCGUGACAGUCUUCCCGCCUCCUCGGGCUCCUCCGUCCUGGAUGACGUCAAGACCAUUGCAGCCGGCGAGUCCUUCGACGGCGGCAUGGUUAUGUUCGACCGCGGAGUCAGCUGCACCGGACAGGACGAGGGCGGCGACUCUGACGCCGUCUUCCAGAUCGAGGAGGGCGGCUCGCUCUCCAACGUCAUCAUCGGCCCCAACCAGAUUGAGGGUGUCCACUGCCAAGGUGCAUGUACCUUGACCAACGUUUGGUGGUCCGCAGUCUGCGAGGACGCCUUCAGCAUCAAGAAUCAAGACUCUGGUGACACCACCUACAUCAAUGGUGGUGGUGCUUUCGGCGCCUCCGACAAGGUCGUCCAGCACAACGGUGCCGGUACCGUCUCCAUCAGUGACUUCACCGUCUCCGAAUUCGGCAAGCUGUACCGCUCGUGCGGAAACUGUGACUCCAUGUACGAGCGUCACGUCAUUAUGGACGGUAUCACUGCCUCCAGCGGAAGCGAACUUGCUGGCAUCAACUACAACUACGGGGACUCCGCCACCUUCACCAACAUCGUCGCCAGCGACGUCGACGAUAUUUGCGUUACCUACACUGGUACCGAUGACAACGACGAGGAGCCGUCGGAGUACGGCUCCGGUGCUGACGGCACUUACUGCAUCUACGACGAGAGCGAUAUCUCGUCGUAG